AUGUCAGCGGUCGCGCCGCUGGGCGGCACGUGCGGCUGGGCGGAGGCCGGGGCGCGCCCAGGCCCUGUGGAGCGUGUGGCUGUGUGGCAAACAGGCAGUGGGCGCAGCGCAGGCAGGCCGCCCGUGGAUCCCCAGGAGGCCGCCGCCGGCACGGCCGCGUGUCGCGGGGCGCCUACCAUGGCGGCGCCCGCCAUCAUGGCCUGCGUGAUGAUCCAGGUCCAGGCGAGCCGGCUCGCCAGCCGCGUCACCAGGGGCGUCCCCCAAAACGGCUCGGGGUACCUGCGUGUGGCGCGGCGGCGCGGCGCAGCGGGCAACUGUCGGGCGGGCAUCGAGCGCAGUUUGCGGGCGCAGGGGCCGUCGGCAGGCGCGGCGCCGCGGCGGGCGGGCGGCGCGUCUGCACAGCAGCUGGUUGCCCUCCGAGAUGCACGGCGCUGGCUGCCGGGGGGCGGGGCGCCUCGCGUGGCAGCUGCAGCCGCUCCCUCCCAUCACCCGGCCCCGUGA